AUGUUAUUUCGUUACGAAGAUGAUAUUCAAACGACGAAUCGUGUAUCAACACCUUCUUCAACAAAACAAACAACGCGAAACAAAUCUACUACCUAUGUCUCCAAAACUGUUACAUCUAGUUCCAAAACUGUUCAAUCUACAACAGAGGAAAGUGCGAGUGAAAAUGUCACAGAAGCCGGUGAACGUUUAACACAAAGUCAAGGCUCUGGUGCGGGUAUCCCUAUUGGCGUUUCUACUGCAGUCGUUUUGAUCAUCAUCGCAGUUGUCAUUACUUUUGCCAUUCUGAAAAGACGAGGGAAAGUUCCAAACGUAUGUACUAAUACAAAUUCUUCUGCAAACUCAGAUAACACCAAAGCCAUACCUCCGGUAAACAAAAAUAUCUACGACACAUCCAUAGGUCCUUCUUACGAUCAAAUUGGUAAUGUAGUGUCUCAACAGAAUAUUGAUAUAAAUACAGACUCUGAUCUAAACAACAGUAAUUAUGCACACACUUAUUUUGUGCUCGAACAGCAUGUAAGAGAAACUGAGUAUGGUGCGACUGCAUCUGGAAAAGAUGAUAGAGAAAUGGAGAACACCAAUGAUUAUAACACUUUGACAUUACAUACAAAUUACAAAACAAAAAAUGGAAUGCAUGUAGUAGACGACACGUAUGACACUACGGCAAAGGCAGAUAAGAAACUGAAAGAUGGAAUCGAUAAGGAGACAUACAAGCUUGACGACACAGAUGAAGACACGUACAACCAUAUAAACAAUACUCAUCUUAAAAACAGCAAAACAGACAACGUAUAUGGUGUGCCAGACAAUCUCGAAUACGGCUAUGGAAAUGUUGGUAAAAACAUUAAGAACAAAACGCAUGGUGAAGAAGGCACCUACAGCCAUAUAAACAAUUAACAAAAUGAACUAGUAUACCAGAUAAUCAAUAUACCGCAUAUUAGCAAUUAAACGCUGCAAAUAGAUGGGACAAAACCUGAGAAGGAGAUUAUGAUGCUACUGAUAAAGAUGGUGAAUUGGUUAAUGCUGACAACGAGUGAUCAAAUAUUUGGACAAAACCUUAUAUAUAUAUUUAAUGAUAACCAGAGCAUAGUACAAUCAAUCAUAGAUAGUUUUCUGUGUAAAUAAAGUUAAAACCCAGUAUGUCAAAUCCAAUGGAUAGAGCGAUUGCUUGAAUCUGACUUUGAAUAAAAUGAUUCGCUAUUGUCGUGGCUUCAUAUACAUGUGCAUUCAGACAUUACCCAUGUAUUUUGAGAAACCUUUUUUAUUUCUUCAUGCUUGAAUGUAACAGUUGUUCAGUCAAUAAUAUUAACAUUCCCUGUUACUUUAUGCACGUUUAUUUUGAUAUCAACAACAUUGAUGAAAUAAUAUCAAGGAAGAUCCUUUCCGCAAGAUAUCACGUGCGACUUAAAGUCGUUCACAAAAAAAAAACAUAAAGAAACUGGAUUCGUUUAAUUUUGUAUUAAAUUUGGCACUUAAAAUUUCACAACAGUCAGUAUAAUUUUUUAACGCCUAAAACUCCCUUUACUAACGGUAAAAAGUUAAAACAACACAUCGUACACGUAUACAUCUAUUUUCAUUUUGGUUUUACCAGUAAGAAUGUUUAUGUACAUAUUAUUUCCAAUUAUGCUUUAUUUUGUUAUUAUUUUUACUUUUAUGCCACAUUUAAUACUGUAGUAAGUAUGUCCCAGUUUUUAGACAUUUUUUAUGUCAUUUUAUUGUCUUUUUUAUAAUACUGGAUUUUUCCAGAAUCUUGUAUUUAUUGUUGGUGAUACUUGAAAAUGCUGGAACAUUUCAUGAUGAUUUAAAAAAGAAGUUGUCUGAGGACAGGGCAGAACCUAAGUACGAUCUAAUAGAAAAACUUUCUGUUUUUCUAAUUAGCAAAAUAUUACUAGCUGGGACAUUUAACAUUCGAUGGACAUACAUUAACAUUGUGGAUUUUCAAAGAAUAUAUUGAUAUCUUUGGAUAUACUACAUAUAGUUUGAAAUCUG